AAGAGUGAAUUACCUAACCAACACAGAGUCAAAACGAAGAAAAAGAAAGAGGUAUAAACGUAACCUCUCUCGUUGUCAAAAAAGUGGACGCGUUCGAUAAAACAUGAGAAAAGUAAAAAGAUAAUAUUAUAUUUAUAUAAAAACAAGAUAUCCAUAGAGAAGGAAAAAGCAAAACACGAAAUAAUACGGAAAAAGAACAAAUACGUUGUGUAUAAUAACGGAAAAUGAUGAACGAAAAAAUGAUGGAUGCGCGAAGACGCGAGAGAGAGUUGAUAGGAUUACGCGGAGUACCUGAGGCUUGGAGCAAAUCUCCUAUUCAUAUCGAACAUAGUUCAGACGAAGAGUCUGAAGAUCUGAUCAAACAGAAGGAUAAUAUUAUACCAAAGGAUCGCAAGAGGAAAAAACACGAUACUAAAAAGAAGAAGAGUAAAAAACUGAAAAAGGAAAAGAAAGCAAAGAAGGAAAGAAAAAGAGAACGAAAGGCGAAGAAGGAGGCAAAGAAGGAGAGGAAGAAAAGAAAGAAAGCAAAGAAAGACACAGACAGUAGUAGUUCCGACGAUAGCAGCAGCAACAGCAGUGACGAGGAGGUCUGGAUAGAGAAGACCGCCGUCACAGACAAGCCGAGACUGAGGAAAGGUUCGAGUUCGGACGACAGCGACGGAGAUGAUGGUACGAUAGGACCCGCUCCAAAACCACAUGUGACUCUCUCGGCCAAGGAUUUCGGUAAGGCCCUGCUACCAGGCGAGGGUGCGGCAAUGGCAGCUUAUGUAGCAGAAGGGAAACGUAUACCCAGGAGAGGUGAGAUCGGCCUCACGUCGGAGGAGAUCGCCUCGUACGAAUCCGUCGGUUAUGUGAUGAGCGGCAGCAGACAUCGUCGCAUGGAAGCAGUUCGUAUACGUAAGGAGAACCAGAUCUACUCCGCCGAUGAGAAGCGUGCCUUGGCAAUGUUCAGCAAAGAGGAACGACAAAAGAGGGAAAAUCUUAUACUAGGACAAUUCAGAGAGAUGAUUAACCAGAAGAAAUUGGCGCAAGAGAAGAAUUAAGUAAAGACUAACAUGUAUAUAGAAUGCAAAUUCUCUUGUAUAAAUUUUUAUAUAAUCCUAAGCCUUUGUAUAUUAAGUAAAAUACAGCAUAUAGAAAAUGAUAUAUCGAUACAUAUAUAUAUACUUAAUAAAUACUAUUCAGUUUGUCAGAGUGUUUGCAACAAUUUUGACAAAGAAUAUAAUACGCUCAAUUGAGUUGAUAAUAAAUCUUUACCUUUUAUUAUUUACAGAAGUAGAACAUCACAGUAUCAUUACAAUGUGAAAUAUAAAUAAAUCCAACAGUGAAAAUAAU